AUGGCUGAUAAAUUGAAAAAAUAUACGUUUCAAAGGAGAAUGGCAAUGAACGAUUUAGAAACGUUAUUGCGUUUAUCCAAUUCUUCUCUUACAGAGGUUCAUAAGCAGUCGCUUUUUCGUGUUCGGUACUCAGAGUUAGACGAUGUUUUGGAGAGUUUUAAUAAAAAUCAUCAAAACAUCGUUACAAAUCUUUUGAACUCUGAACCUACGGAUGCUCAAUUAGAUUCUGAGGACAUUAUUCGUUCCCAAUUUUUAAAUGAUUAUUAUCAGAUCAAGGCUAAUUUCGCGGAUCUCUUUGAAAAUGAUGAUAAUAGUCAAAAAAAUGAGCAAAAUAUCGCCGCUUCGAAUGCAGUACAACCUCCUAGUAAUGUUCGCUUGCCGCAGUUAGAAUUAGUUAAAUUUUCCGGUGAGUUUACGUCAGCAAUUACUUUUUUUGACUUGUUCGAUGCGCUUGUGCACCGUAGACCUAGCGUUGAUGAUACGGAAAAAUUAACGUAUUUGAUUCAAAGUUUAGAAGGGCCUCCUUUAAGGUUAGCUAAAUCCUUGCCUUUAGCUAGAGAAAAUUAUGUUAGGAUUUAUGAUAAAUUAAAAAAUAGGUAUUUAAAUAAACGUUUGCGUGCAAUGGCACAUUGGUGCAAAAUUGAGGAAGCUCCCGCAACUAUAUUUAAGAAUUCUGAUAGUUAUAGUAAUUUAAUUGAUACCUUUUCGGAAAAUUUAUCAGCUUUAGAAAAUUUGGGUUAUAAAAUUUCGGAUUUUGUGUUAGCUUACAAAAUUCUCACCAAGCUUGACGAGGAGACUCACCAACGUUUUGAAUUAUUACAUGGGUCUAGUGAAAUGCCUACGUUUAUUCAAUUAUCUGAUUUCCUAGAAAGUCAAUGCAUUUCGUUUGACUCAUCUUUGUUGUCGCCUUGUUCUCCCAAGGAUUCUAAUAGAAAAAAUUAA